UAAACGACGCAUUCACAGUGCAGAGCGAAUUCUAAUGAUAUGCAUAACUUUUACAUGUGACCUUUUCGUACCCGCAUCAUGUGAUAUGGGUGCAAUCACUGUGGAGCCUCAAUGAACGUACUCGGAAGUGACGCCCGUUGCUAGAGGCUUGUUACGCAGCAUUCCCAGAGAGGAGGACAGAGAAAGGCAAAUCGGAACGAAAACAUCAAAUUCAUUCCCGACUAUAGUAUUUCAGGACACAAUCGCUGUUACUCAUACAGCACUUACGACCGUAAGUAACAUAUUCAAUAUGAUCAUAUUCAUAACACUGCUGAUUUAACCUUUACCUGUUGCCAAGAUAUAUGAUCGAGAGGUGGAUGAAGGGUGAAUGAGAUAACCGGGACUGCGAGAUGCUGAAGCAGCCCUGCAGUGCAAUGCAAUGCAUUGCAAUUUUUUUUGCGCGGCCUGUGUCAGGCGAUGAAUCUUUGUCGCAUAUUCUUGGACGACUGAACACCAUGGUUAAUUAUUUUCUCGAGUGUUGAAUCAGGUAUCCUACUUGUAGCAAUGGUGUUAACGUGUUGUAAAUCAUGUAACACAACAGUAUACAGUCAGUGUACACGGACGAGACGAACAACGUUAGCACUUCAGCUAGCUAAUUGAAAGCCAUGCUUCGAUUACACGCAUGGUAACCACACAAUUUCUGGUCGACUGGUGUGUACUGCAUCUUGAAGAUACAGCGAUUUUUUUUAUUCCGUUUGACCUCAUCACCAUGUUGUCCUGCUGGUGAAAAUGAAACUGAACAUCGUUCUCAAUUAACCUUGUUAAAAUGGCGCCAGUAUGUGUUUACUAGCUAAGAAUUCAAACAUGAAUCCAGUCUACAACCCUGCACAAACAGGGGUCCCAUACGCCAACCAAAAAGGAAUGGGAUACCCAGCGAGCUUUCCUGUGGGUUAUGCUGCUGCUCCACCUUUUUCUCCCAAUAUGUACCCCGGAGCCAAUCCUGCAUUCCCCACAGGGUACGCUCCGGGGACACCAUUCAAAAUGUCCUGUUCUCCCACCACUGGUGCUGUCCCGCCUUACUCCUCAUCGCCCAACCCUUACCCUGCAGCCGUCUACCCAGUGAGGAGCACCUACCCACAACAGAACCCCUAUGCACAGCAGCAAGGCGCUUACUACACACAACCCCUCUACGCCGCCCCACCCCACGUCAUUCAUCACACUACCGUGGUGCAGCCCAAUGGGAUGCCAGCUGCCAUGUAUGCCCAACCUCCCCGCCAUAAUGGUGUUGCCAUGGGAAUGGUUGCAGGGACCACUAUGGCUAUGUCAGCUGGUAGGUAUCAGGGGACCUUGUUAACGACUCACUCCCCCACUCAAGUGCCCCCUCACACGGUCCAGAUGCCCCAAUACCGACCCCCUGGCACACCCACCUACAGCUACGUGCCCCCGCAGUGGUGAGCAAAUGGCACGGUCAGAAGAUGGUAGAUAUGCAUUCACGAAGUCCAGUGUUUAACAGUUGGUGCUGAUAUCGCACAGCGUUAUCUGACUAGUUGUUUUUCCUCAAACAAAAUAUGAAUCUUAAUCCGGCGAUAAGCAGAAACUAAAAACAAAGUGUUCAAUAAGACCAUAAGGAAAGGGAUGGAGUCGUCCCCCUCAACACUACAUUUCCCAGCAUCACUCUCUCCCCACCUGCUGCAUAUCUUGCGUCAGAUGACUAGGUCUCUAUGGAAACUUGUGUUUUGUGGACUUGUCUUGCAAUUUUUUAUAUUUCUAAACACUUCAAAGGGGUGCAAAGGGAGUUCGAAAAUUGUUUUUAUUUGGAAUCCAUAUCUAGUUGAAUGCAUGUAUAUAUUGAAAAUUGAUAUUAAUAAUAAUAAUAAUAAUAAUAAUUCUAGCUCAAUCUACCUACCAUGACCAUUGUUAAGAAGCAAAAAUCCAAAGUACAGUUAAGUAAGAAAAAAAAAAAGGUCAAUAUGGAGUAAAAUUAACUUUGUAUAACAAAUGCGCAACGUCUGGAGGAAUCUACCAUGCAAAAUGCAGUGAAGUAUCUUUUGAGUCUUUAUAGUUUGGGUGGGGGCUCUGGGUAAAUGGCUAUGUUUUUUUUUUUUGGGGGGGGGGGGUACAUGCUGCCAGCAUGGUUUCAUUUCUUUAGGCAGCGUUGCCUUCAUCUGGCUUUCUCUGAGGGUAGAAGGGGAGGUUUUGAGCUUGUGCCUCUGCUUUAGAUAAACCGCAGACACUCCCAUUCCACUAAGUCACCAUACCUUUAGCUUUUUAUUUUUUUUAGAUAAACAGCAAACACUCCCAUUCCACUAAGUCAUCAUACCUUUAGCUUUUAUUUUUUACCCUCAGAGUAUUUUGGAACAAAGUAUAUGUGUGUAUGUGCGCAUGUCUCAUUGCCAGUUUGCCUGUGUGAGUUAUUUUUUGUUGUGUGUCAAAAAAACAGUGGAACAGGCCUUGUGGAGUUGCGUGAUUGGUGGUGUCUGUGAGUGAGGUUGUGUGUGUGUGUGUGUGUGUGUGUGUGUGUAUGUGUGUGUGUUUCACGCCUUACUCCCUGUUUUUGCUUUGGUUUUUGUUGUCACGUCUCUACAGCGACAAGAGAAUCAUUGCAAAUCUGACUUUUUUUUAAUUAUUAUUAUUUUAAAAGGAGAUUUCUUUCUAAAUUGAAUUUGGUUGAUAACCUGACACUACUGAAAGACACAGAUAUCUCAAAUUGGAGUUGAGUCAGAAGGGCCCAAAUGUUACAUUGCUUUUUUUACCUCACAGUUGCACCAUAACUGACUGAUUUUCAUUGUCUUUUUACUUAUCUAUAUAGGUUGCCUUUGUCACCUCAGUUAAAGAAUGUUUUGUAAUGUUUUUUUGUGGUUUUGUUUUGUAUUUUCAAGAAAGACCAAAAAUAAAUACAAUUAUGAGAA